CAGCGUCUGGGAGCGAGCGGGGAUCACUUGCGUUCGGGGCUUCUCAUCAAACGUACAAAAAAUGUCCCCCUAUUAACGGUUGCUGGAGCCCCCAGUGCCCCAGUGGCAUCACCGGUCCGUGCAUGGUUGCCGCCGCCACCAACCAGCCAACCAGCCCCUCGGACUGAUCACACGAUUGGCCGCAAUGAGAAGAAUAACGGGCAAGGCGAGGGAUGAAACUUUGAUCGAGCUGCACAGCACCGGAGACUCGCACACCCCAGAUGAAAAUGGUGGAAAUGGUGUGAAUUCAUUAUCUGAGAGAUCGACCUUGCCGGGACACACUGAGACAGAAAAACUGCAACCAAACAAAGACACAGUCUUCUUCAGGGAUGGUGUGCGAAGGAUCGACUUCGUGCUAUCUUAUGUGGAUGACAAAGACGGAGAGAAAAAACAGGAGAGAAGAAGGGAGUUUGAAGCCAACCUUGAGAAAGCUGGAUUGGAGCUGGAGACAGACGAUAAAUCAGACUCCAAAGACCAGAAGACAUACUUCCUGAAGAUCCACGCUCCAUGGGAGGUUCUGGCCACCUACGCAGACGUCUUGAAGAUAAAGGUUCCCUUCAAAGCCAGCGACAUCCCCCACGGCCAGGACGUCCCUCUGGAGUGGCUCUCACAACCUUUCCGCUUGCCCGAGCACAUUAUGCACCCUCAACCUGAUUAUUUUACUUACCCCUUUGACAAAGGCAAGACUGACUUCUUCCUCAUUAAUGAUAAGGAUACUUUCUUCCCGCCAUCCACUAGAAACAGAAUUGUGUACUACAUCUUAGCUCGAUGUCCGUAUUACAAAGAUGGCAGACAAGACAAAGACAAGACUGGAAUCAAGCGAUUGCUCAGCAACGGGACUUACACGGCGGCAUUUCCACUUCACGACUGCCGUUACUGGAAGAGGGCAAGAAAUGCUGAAUGUGAGAGCGAGCGCUACAAUUUGUAUAUGCACUGGGCCAGGUUCCUGUGCUUUUACAAAGAGCAGCCGCUUAACCUCAUCAGGAAAUACUACGGGGAAAAGAUCGGGAUUUACUUUGCGUGGCUGGGAUUCUACACGGAGAUGUUAUUCUUUGCAGCUGUCAUGGGUUUCAUAUGUUUCACCUAUGGAGUGCUUAGCUAUGACGACAACAUAUCCAGCAAAGAAAUUUGUGAUGCUAAUAUUGGGGGCAGAAUUGUGAUGUGUCCGUUGUGUGACAAAAAGUGCUCUUUCUGGAAGCUCAAUUCUACGUGUCUCUCGUCUUGGCAAUCCCAUUUGUUUGACAAUGAGGGAACUGUGUUCUUUGCCAUAUUUAUGGGGAUUUGGGUUACUCUCUUUUUGGAAUUCUGGAAGCGGCGUCAAGCUCGGCUGGAGUACGAGUGGGACUUGGUGGACUUUGAAGAGGAACAGCAACAGCUUCAAAUUCGGCCUGAGUUUGAAAUUAGAUGCACAAACAGGAGGCUCAACAAGAUCACUCAGGAAAUGGAACCAUAUCUCCCUGUCACCAGCAAGUGUGCUCGCUUCUGCCUCUCCGGAGCCACCGUCAUUUUCUGGAUUUCUCUGAUCCUGGCUUGUAUUAUUGGGGUCAUAGCGUACAGGCUUGCUGUGUAUGCUGCCUUUGCAAGUAUUAUUAAAGACCCCAUGAGGAAGAUCCAAGUGGUGGGCAGGUUCAUCACACCACAAUUGGCCACCUCUGCGACCGCCUCUUGCAUCAACUUUGUCAUCAUCAUGAUCCUCAACUUCUUCUAUGAAAGGGUGGCUGUCUGGAUUACUGAUAUGGAGAUCCCAAAGACCCAUCUGGAGUACGAGAACAGGCUCACCAUGAAGAUGUUUCUUUUCCAGUUUGUCAACUAUUACUCCUCUUGCUUCUAUGUGGCAUUUUUUAAGGGCAAAUUUGUGGGUUUUCCUGGCAAAUACUCAUAUAUGUUUGGAUGGAGCAAAUUGAGGAACGAAGAGUGUGACCCUGGAGGCUGUCUUAUAGAGCUGACAACACAAUUGGUGAUUGUCAUGGCUGGAAAACAACUGUGGGGGAACAUCCAGGAAGCCCUGCUGCCGUUGAUGCGUAACUGGUGGAGUAGCAGAAAAGGGAGGCACCACCCUGAGAACCAUUACAGUCGCUGGGAGCAAGACCACGUCCUGCAGAACUUCAGCCAACUGGGCUUAUUUUACGAAUACCUAGAGAUGGUGAUCCAGUUUGGUUUCAUCACCCUGUUUGUUGCAUCUUUUCCUUUGGCUCCCCUUCUGGCUCUGUUCAACAACAUUCUGGAGGUCCGGGUGGAUGCCUGGAAGUUCACCACCCAGUUCAGACGACCUGUGGCAUCCAAGGCCAGAAACAUUGGCGCUUGGCAAGAGAUUCUUAAUGCGGUUGCCAUAUUGUCUGUUGUUACCAAUGCGUUCAUCAUGGCCUUCACCUCAGAUAUGAUUCCCCGCAUGGUCUACCUUUAUGCGUAUGGUAAAGGGGCCUCCAUGAGGGGUUACGUGAACAACAGCUUGUCAGUGUACAACAUCUCACAGAUCCCCCACCGAAACAUGCCAGAAGAACAGGACUACUGGUUUGAUAAUUCCACAUCCACCUGCAGAUACAGAGAUUACCGCUACCCUCCAGGCCACCACAGGGAGUACAUGCACACCAUGCAGUUUUGGCAUAUCCUGGCAGCCAAAAUGGCCUUCAUUAUCACCAUGGAGCAUGUGGUCUUCGUGGUGAAGUUCUUUGUGGCGUGGAUGAUUCCAGAUGUGCCCUCAGAUGUGAAGGCGCGAUUCAAACGGGAACGCUACCUGAUUCAAGAGUACCUGCAUAACUAUGAGGUGGAGAGACUCAAACUGCAGCUUAGUGCCAGCUUCAUCACCGAGCCCCUCUCAGAUGUGCCAGACAAGCACGAAGUGCUCCCUGAGUGCCUGUAGCUGCCAUUUUCACAGAGGCCACACCAAGAAUGGACUUUUGUUUACCUGCUGUUGACAUCCUUAUUCUGCAAGGGCUUUUGUGUUUAGGCAAAAAAAACAAUCCUGGCCUUGUUUAUUGGGCAUAAUCCCCUGCUAUCAUUGAUUCCUACAUUAGGAUCCAAGCAGACAUAGACAUCGAGGAAAAUAUCAUUGCGAUCAAUAUUUGCAUCAACUUCUUCAGUGCACGUAGUGUAUUUGUGCCAUAGAAAAUACAGGAUGAAAUGGUUAAUGUCAAAUUGACAGCAAUGACGAAAAUGAUUGUGGAAUUCUCCAUGCAAUGCCUUCUUCCUUUUCAUAGCUCAUAGCUCAGAAAAAUCUAUAUGUAUUUAUGUUGGGACUGAUGAGGCAUUUGCCAUUGUAGUACCCCUUUAAAUAAUUUUAAUUGUGCUGUAUUUAUGCCGGCAUGUGAUAUGGUUAGAGGGCAGAAGAUAAAUGACUGAAUUUCUCAGAAGAGCUGUACGUUGAAUUGUUUAUAUAGUAGUAAUGGUGAAAAGAAUUUUUAUCACUGUAAAAAUGUUGUGUUAGAUUUGUGUCUGUCUUACAACCAUGAAAAGAAAAGAAUGGAAUCACACUGAUUAAAGGAAAAAAUAUUAAGCUCCA